CUACUCCACAGCGAAUUCUGAUUUGAUAAGAAAAACCUUCUAUAAGCGUGAAGCAUGCGGUUUCUGGAUUCCUUGCGGCGAUUAGAUGCUUACCCAAAGAUAGAUAAUGAAUUUAGCAUCCGCACGGUUUGCGGCGCUGCACUCACGCUUAUUAGUACGAUUGUAAUAGUUACCCUGGUGAUAGGGGAAAUUAAUGCUUACCUUUCACCAAACGUUUCGGAAGAACUGUUCGUGGACACAACUCGGGGACAUAAGCUUAAAAUUAAUCUAGACUUCACUAUUCCGCGAAUAUCCUGUGAUUACGUUUCAUUGGAUGCUCAAGAUUCAACCGGAGAACAGCAUCUACACAUCGAACAUAACAUCUACAAACGAAGACUAGAUUUGCUGGGCAAUCAAAUUGAAGAACCCAAAAAGGAAGAUAUUCAAGCUUCCACCAAGCGCAUUUCAAGCACGGAAGCGCCCGUGACGACCACAACUAAACCUGCGUGUGGAAGCUGCUACGGUGCUGAAAAAAACGCUUCUCAGUGUUGCAACACGUGUCAGGAAGUGAUUGAUGCAUACCGGGAAAGAAAAUGGAACCCGAACGUGGAAGAUUUUGAGCAGUGUAAGAACGGCAACGAUGGCAGCGUGGAAGGAAAGGCAUUUAGUGAAGGCUGUCAUAUCUAUGGCACCAUGGAAGUGAAUCGUGUUGAAGGACGUUUUCAUAUUGCACCUGGAAAGAGCUUUUCAAUCAAUCACAUUCACGUGCACGAUGUCCAACCGUAUUCGUCCGGCAGGUUCAAUACGACACAUAAGAUCAACACGCUUUCUUUCGGAGAACAAUUUGGAUUCGGAACCACGCGACCCCUUGACGGUCUCAUGGUUGAAGCCACAGAAGGCGCAAUGAUGUUCCAGUAUUAUAUCAAGAUUGUUCCGACCAUGUUUGUUCCCUUGAAUGGGCCAACGCUGUACACAAACCAAUUUUCUGUGACAAAACACCAGAAAAGUGUGACGGCCAUGAGCGGCGAAACGGGAAUGCCUGGCAUUUUCGUCAAUUAUGAGCUAUCUCCUCUGAUGGUAAAAUUCACCGAAAAGCGGAACUCUCUGGGUCAUUUUGCAACCAAUGUAUGUGCAAUAAUAGGAGGUAUUUUUACGGUAGCCGGUAUAAUAGAUUCGCUGUUGUUCACGUCGAUACACGUGAUUAAACGUAAAAUCGAACUAGGGAAGGCUAGCUAAUGUCCGCCCAAUCGAGCUGACACUAAGAAUUUGUUUUACAAAGAAUCUCUCUCUCUCUCUCGAAUCGCUCUUUAUGCAGAUAUGGAAAAGUUUCCAUUAGAUGUUCUUUUUAUGAAUCUUUUUAUUUUGCUUUAAAAAACUGCAGUUUUUGUUUAAAGUGUCUUUAAAAACCGAUUGUAACAUUCCAUGUUCGAUUUGGCUACUUCUGUAACGAACUCCUCGUCGGUCUUCUCGGCCAGUGAUUUUAGCGGAAUAUA